CCUCGCCGAGAGUCAAAGAAUUGGAGCAGCGCGAGUAUGGGUUGACGAGGUCAACAAGGUCAAGGUUGUUUUCUUUCUUUUUAACCAGCCGAUUGCAUUGCACUCUUGAUCCACGCUUCAGGGUUUCCCUCCGUUGAGAAAGCUGUUUCACCUUGUGUCACCGUCACCGUCACCGUCACCGAGAAAGCAGACAAGCAUGUUUUGCCUCGACCAUCGGCAGGACCCGACGGUUCAGGCGCUGCGGGAACACAUCGAGAGCGACGCGGAGUUGAUCGAGCUGUUUGCGACGGCAUUUAGUGAGAUCCCCGAGGAGUUUCUGGACAGAUCCAAGCACACUGGGCCUGCCCACAUCCGCGACUACAGUGCCUUGCUCGACAACAUCGACCAGGUGAUCCAGACGGUGCCCUCGUGGACGUCGGCGGUGGAGCAGAACUGCGUGAUUGCCUGUCCGAUGAAUGAAGUGCUGAUAUGGUUCAUGAACACGCGAACGGGUUCACACAUUCUCGCCCGCGAGGACAUCAACGCGCACUUCUACGCCAUCCUCCAGAGAUGGGGCCAAUACCUGGCCUCCGCUGAAUCCGCCGAGGCCAUCCACAACGGCAAGGGCGGGUGGGUAUCCUCCGGCGCGCUGACGGAACUCCUCGACGUCGUCGUGCACGCCCACAACACCACCUUCCGGGCGGCCUCCUUCGCCGACGCGUUCAUCUGCGACUCGUCCCUCCCGAACUACGGCUUCCGCUCGUGGGACGACUUCUUCACGCGGCGGUUCCGACCCGGGAUGCGACCCGUCGCCGGCCCCGAGGACGACCGCAUCAUCGCCAACCCCUGCGAGUCGCAGCCCUUCGCCUUGGUCAGGAACGUGCCCGCCAGCGCCCACUUCUCGCUCAAGGGGACCGUCUACUCGCUGCGGGACAUGCUGGGCGACGGCAACGACACCGCCACCGCCCACCCUUCAGCGAUCUUCACGGGCGGUACCGUCUUCCAAGCCUGGCUCUCCGCCUUCAGCUACCACCGCUGGCACGCCCCGGUGACCGGCACAGUCGUCAACGUCCUGAAUCUCAAGGGCACCUACUUUGCCGCCGACCCGGCCAAGGGCUUCGAGAACGUCGACCCUGCCACCAAGGCGUCAUGCCCUGACCGCCAGGCGCCCGAUCUCUCGCUGACGAUGAUCUCGUCGACGGCCACCCGCACCGCUGUACUAAUCAAAGCCGAUAAUCCGGCUCUCGGGACGGUGGGCUUGUUGGCCAUCGGAAUGGCGGACGUGUCGAGCUGCGUAGCCACCGUCGCGGUCGGGGACCGCGUCGUCAAGGGCCAGGAGAUCGGCAGUUUCCACUACGGCGGAAGCUCGUUCUGUCUGCUGUUUGAGCCCGGGGUGGAUCUAACCUUUUCACCGUUCGUCGGGGAGGCGUUGGCGCAGGAUCCCGGUUAUGAGGGGCGGUGUAUUGCGGUAAAUAGUCAGUUGGCGGCGUUAUGA